AAUAGGAUGCUCAGCCGGCGCUGGCCUGCGCGUGACGCAGCGGAGCUGGGAGGCUGGGGGCGUAGGGGCCGGGCUGUCCAGCGCUUUAUCUUUCUCUGCCGCCCGGUCGGCGACGUUGCGGGCCCUGGGCGCCGGAGAGCUUCCCGGAGCCGACCUUCCUGCUGGCUGCUCUGUGAUCGCUUCCUGGCUCUGCCUUCUUGGCCGAAGUCCCCGCUGCUGGGCGCGGGCCUGAGACAAUACAAUGGUGGGUGAAGAGAAGAUGUCUCUAAGAAACCGGCUGUCAAAGUCCAGGGAAAAUCCUGAGGAAGAUGAAGACCAGAGAAACCCAGCAAAGGAAUCCCUAGAGACACCUAGUAAUGGUCGAAUUGACAUAAAACAGUUGAUAGCAAAGAAGAUACAGUUGACAGCAGAGGCAGAGGAAUUGAAGCCAUUUUUUAUGAAGGAAGUUGGAAGUCACUUUGAUGAUUUUGUGACCAAUCUCAUUGAAAAAUCAGCAUCAUUAGAUAAUGGUGGGUGUGCUCUCACAACCUUUUCUGUUCUUGAAGGAGAGAAAAACAACCAUAGAGCAAAGGAUUUGAGAGCACCUCCAGAACAAGGAAAGAUUUUUAUUGCAAGGCGAUCUCUCUUAGAUGAGCUGCUUGAAGUGGACCACAUCAGAACAAUAUAUCAUAUGUUUAUUGCCCUCCUCAUUCUCUUUAUCCUCAGCACACUUGUAGUAGACUACAUUGAUGAAGGACGGCUGGUGCUUGAGUUCAGUCUCCUGUCUUAUGCUUUUGGCAAAUUUCCUACUGUUGUUUGGACCUGGUGGAUCAUGUUCCUGUCUACAUUUUCAGUUCCCUAUUUUCUGUUUCAAUGCUGGGCCACUGGCUACAGCAGGAGUUCUCAUCCACUGAUCCAUUCCUUCUUCCAUGGCUUUCUUUUCAUGGUCUUCCAGAUUGGAGUUCUAGGUUUUGGACCAACCUACGUUGUUUUAGCAUACACACUGCCACCAGCUUCCCGGUUCAUCGUUAUAUUCGAGCAGAUUCGUUUUGUAAUGAAGGCCCACUCCUUUGUCAGAGAGAACGUGCCUCGGGUACUAAAUUCAGCUAAGGAGAAAUCUAGCACUAUUCCAAUACCUACAGUCAACCAGUAUUUGUACUUCUUAUUUGCUCCUACCCUUAUCUACCGUGACAGCUAUCCCAGGACUCCCACUGUAAGAUGGGGUUAUGUCGCUAUGCAAUUUGCACAGCACUGGUACAGUGGCUUGCACCACUAUUUGGAAAGACUGUUAAUACUGCUCAUCUUAUUUUUAGGUGUGCUGAUUCUGUUCCUUACUUUUUUUGCCUUUUUGCACUGCUGGCUCAAUGCCUUUGCUGAGAUGCUACGCUUUGGUGACAGGAUGUUCUAUAAGGAUUGGUGGAACUCCACAUCAUACUCUAACUAUUACAGAACCUGGAAUGUGGUUGUCCAUGACUGGCUGUAUUACUAUGCUUACAAGGACUUUCUCUGGUUUUUCUCUAAGAGAUUCAAAUCUGCUGCCAUGUUAGCUGUCUUUGCUGUAUCUGCUGUAGUGCACGAAUAUGCCUUGGCUGUUUGCUUGAGCUUUUUCUAUCCCGUGCUCUUCGUGCUCUUCAUGUUCUUUGGAAUGGCUUUCAACUUCAUUGUCAAUGAUAGUCGGAAAAAGCCAAUUUGGAAUGUUCUGAUGUGGACUUCUCUUUUCUUGGGCAAUGGAGUCAUACUCUGCUUUUAUUCUCAAGAGUGGUAUGCACGUCAGCACUGUCCUCUGAAAAAUCCCACAUUUUUGGAUUAUGUCCGGCCACGUUCCUGGACUUGUCGUUACGUGUUUUAGAAGCUUGGAUUUUGUUUCCUCCUUGUCACUGAAGAUUGGAUAUUCUCCCUGAUUUGGAGCCAGCUGUUUCCAGCUGUUACUGAAGUUAUCUGUGUUAUUUGGACCACUCCAGGCUUUACAGAUGACUCACUCCAUUCCUAGGUCACUUGAAGCAGAAUUGUUGGAAGUUCACUGGAAUCUUGUACACUUAAGGAGAGCAGAACUUUUUUGUGGGGGUGGGAGGGGGAGAGAAGGCAGACUAAUAGCUGAAGUAAUGACAUUGUUGCUGGGUCAUAUCAGCUUUAUCCCUUGGUAAUUAUAUCUGUUUUGUUUCUUGACUCUAUCCAAUCAGAGACUAAACAUCAUAAUUUCUUGGCCACUGAAUUAGCCAAAAUACUUAUGAAGAAAUCACUUAAAUACCUCUGGCUGAGAAUUUUUUUCAUGCACACUAUUGGAAUGUAUGAUGAUUAAACAUGCAAUUGGGGAAGAAAAAAUAUGGAAGGAUUUUUGCUAUUUCUAGUAGAAAGAAAAUACAUUUUCCAAAGAUAAUGUUAUACAUCCUAUUUUGUAAUUUUUUUGGAAAAAGUUUAGUUCUCCUCAGUUUUUACCUUGUUUUAUCUGUAGGUCAUGAUUUUUGUGAAGCAAAAAGAUGCCUUUUACCAUGAAUUCUUGAGUUUACAUCAAUAAUACUGUAUAUUAAGGGGAUCAGAAGUAGGAAGGACAGAAUAAGAGGUAGCAGAGGAAAAAGAAAAACAUUUCCUCUUAUUUAACUUCCAAAGUAAUUUGUAAAAAAGAUUUGUAGAGUCAAUCACGCGUUUAAAUUAUUUUAUCACAAACUUACCAUGAAAGAUACUCCUUUUUAACUUUUUGAUAAUGACUUCUUAGAAGUUAUUUAGAAAUAUCCUUUGGAACAAUUAUUUUAUUGUCUAAUAAAUAUUGAUUUAUCUUGAAUUAUUUUGCAGACUAGUGAGUCUGUAACUAAGUAUUAAUCACUUCCACCCAUAUUAAAGUGAUCAUUAAGGAUGCAGAAGCUGGCUUCUGCAUUUGGUCAAUUAUUAUGCUUUUAAUGGUAGUAUGUUUUUAGGUAGAAUAAAUUAAUAUAUGAUUGGUUUCAAGGAAAUGUACUCUACUAUGUAAUACUUUGAUUUUAUAAGAUGCCCAUUUCUAAUACAAUGUGUGUAGGAAUUAUUUUAUUUGUAUGUAUGGGGUAUGAUUGUAAAGACUGAGCAUUGGAAGGGGCAUUAGAGACCACGUAGUUCAACUUUCCACCCAAAGAAGUAAGAUUUUGAAUAAUUUAAAUGAUUGUUGUUACUUGGAACAGCAACUUGAGAGGCUCUCCUGGUAUUGUUCGAAUUGUUUUGAAGUCAGUUUGAAUCUCAUAAGAAGGUAAGCAGAGUUAAUACUCAUAAUUUGAACCACAAGUAUCCAGCUUAAUCAUGUAUCUUCUUCAUGAUACCAUUGGCCCAGUUUAGGUAACUUUCAAACAUUAAAUCCAACUUCAGUGGACACAAAUCACCUCAAAGGAAGUUAUUUUUAAAAAGUGUUCUGCAUGUUCCCAUAGUAGUGUUCUGUACCACAGUAUUGUAAUUGUAAUGGAACCAUAACCUCCUAACUAGUUGCUUUAAUAUGGCUUUUAAUUAUUGGCAUUUUUCUUAAAAUGAAUCAGUCUCUUGAAUUUAUAACUGCAUUUUAAAUAUAUUGAGAACACAUUGGUCUAAGACUUGGUUAGGCGUAAGCCAAUCUUUUAAAUCUAGAGAAUGGAAGUUUUAGGUUUAUAUUUCUGUUAAAAAAUACUAUAGAUGUGACUCUUAUGAGAAGACUUUGUUGCUCUGUAGUGUUUCUGAAUACUGUAUUUGCUGGAUUGAUCAAGGCUAUUUUUCAAAAAGCUCUCUGCUUCCUGUUUUUGUUUGUUUGUUUGUUGUUUUUUUGAGAUAGAGUCUUGCUCUGUCGUCCAGGCUGGAGUGCAAUGGCACAAUCUCGGCUCACUGCAACCUCCACCUCACAGUUUCAAGUGAUUCUCCUGCCUCAGCCUCCUGAGUAGCUGGGAUUACAGGCAGGUGCUACCAUGCCCAGCUAAAUUUUGUAUUUUCAAUUGAGACAGGGUUUUACCAUGUUGGUCAGGCUGGUCUUGAACUCCUGACCUUGUGAUCCGCCCACCUCGGCCUCCUAAAGUGCUGGGAUUACAGGAGUGAGCCACCGUGCCUGGCCUCUGCUUCCUCUUAUUAGUGAUUUUUAUGUCCAAGAUUGUGACAACAAAUGACAUGUAGAACUACAGACUGUUUAGAAUGUUAAGACUGUUCUAAGAAACUUUCAAAAACAGUAAACACUUCAAAGAAUGGUCACUUUCUGUGAAAGAAAUGGUUUGAUAGCCAUAAUCUUAUUGCUAGCUGCUUUUAGCAAAAGUCUUUUCUUGAAACUACCACCUAUGCUUUUUAAACAAAUAAAAACUAAAAUCGCUUGCUAA